AUGGAGAAAGAAGAGCUUAGCAAAUUGAAUCACCUCUCUCUCGUAUCCAAUGUCUGCAACGAGUUAGAAACGCAUCUAGGAUCUGCGGAGAAAGUUUUGGCAGAGUUCAUCAUCGAUCUCGGUCGUCACUCCGAUACUGAAGAAAUCGAUUCUGCAUGCCAAUCUCUAUAUGAGAGAAUGAAAGGUCUAGGUAAAAAUGUUCCUGAACUCAUCAUACUUCCAGUUUACAGUGCCCUUCCUAGUGAAAUGCAAUCUAGAAUAUUUGAUCCUCCACCUCCUGGUAAACGGAAAGUGGUCGUAGCUACAAAUAUUGCAGAAGCUUCUUUAACAAUAGAUGGUAUAUACUAUGUUGUUGAUCCUGGGUUUGCAAAGCAGAACGUGUACAAUCCUAAGCAAGGGCUAGAAUCGCUAGUUAUUACUCCAAUUUCACAGGCAUCGGCAAAGCAAAGAGCUGGUCGUGCUGGUCGUACUGGGCCCGGGAAAUGUUACCGUCUCUACACGGAGAGCGCAUAUCGUAAUGAGAUGCCUCCUACAUCAAUCCCUGAAAUUCAAAGAAUUAAUCUUGGAAUGACAACCCUGACCAUGAAAGCCAUGGGUAUUAAUGACCUGCUAUCGUUUGACUUCAUGGAUCCACCUCAACCACAAGCAUUGAUCUCUGCAAUGGAACAGUUGUACAGCCUGGGGGCUUUGGAUGAAGAAGGUUUGUUGACGAAGCUUGGUAGAAAAAUGGCAGAGUUUCCUCUUGAACCGCCGCUUUCUAAAAUGUUGCUAGCAAGUGUGGAUCUCGGGUGCAGCGAUGAGAUUUUAACGAUGAUUGCUAUGAUCCAGACGGGCAACAUAUUUUAUAGACCGAGGGAGAAGCAAGCUCAGGCAGACCAAAAACGGGCAAAGUUUUUCCAGCCCGAGGGUGAUCACCUGACAUUACUGGCUGUAUAUGAGGCGUGGAAGGCCAAAAACUUCUCAGGUCCAUGGUGUUUUGAAAAUUUCAUUCAGUCAAGAUCGUUACGACGUGCUCAAGAUGUGAGGAAACAACUUCUCAGCAUUAUGGACAAAUGUGGUGAGUGCGGGGAAGAAUUUCACGAAGAUAAGGAAAGCAAUCACGGCAGGAUUCUUCUUCCAUGGAGCAAGGAAAGAUCCACAGGAAGGUUACAGGACACUAGUGGAGAAUCAACCGGUGUAUAUACACCCGAGCAGCGCGCUGUUCCAGAGACAACCAGACUGGGUUAUAUAUCAUGA